AUGGUGAAAGGGGCUGCGAGGCGGAGAGUCAUCGUGGAAGACUCAGACGACGACUUUGGGGAUGCCGUCUUGCUUCCAAAUCCGCCCAAGAUGCGGGCGCGCAAAUCUGCUCCUGCCUUUUCGCCCAGGAUGCGGGCGCGCAAAUCUGCUCCUGCCGGUCCGCCCAAGAUGAGGGCGCGCAAGUCUGCUCCUGCCGGUCCGCCUCAGAUGAGGCCGCGCAAGUCUGCUCCUGCCAGCCCACCUAAGAUGCGGGCGCGCAAGUCUGCCUCUGCCUUUCCGCCACCGAGCGUGACAUCGAGGGUGGUCAGCUAUACUAGUAGCAAGCUCGAGAAGCAGGACGGCAGCGGAAAGGCGGUCCUGCCUAAGGCACCUGCGACUCGCCCAAAACAGCACGCUGCACACGAGGCACAGAUGUCCAUCAGCUCGCUCUCUCCCCACAUCCCCAGCAGAUAUCACACCAAGACACAACGCAGAAUCACGUUCUUCAGUCUCGAAGAGGAGGACCGAGUUGCAGUCUAUGAGCACCACCUGAUAGUCGAUGGCGCUGGAAUUCAGCUGGCGGUCCAGGCUCCCUUCACCCGUGAACCAGCUCUGCUCGCUGCUAGCAAGCAGGUACGCCGCGAGGCUUUGCCCAUUUGGUACAAAGAGAACACUUUCCACUCGCGCUUUAUCUACGACAUCAUCGCCUGGCUCGACCGCCUGGACUCUGCUCGACUCAGCAUGCUUCAGUGGGUCAACCUAGAUGAGCCUCUGCCCGCGGGCUUUGUCUUGCCUGGUCUUCGCAAGCUGAACAAGCGAGUGAAGGAUGGAUUGAAACGGAACGCUGUCGCGGUUCCAGUCGUUGUUGAACAAGAGAGGGAAACGGAUUGGUCUGGUUCACACGCCACUGUUCACGAUAAGGAUUCCUGCAAGCGUGAGAUGGUUACCAUGGACGAUAUCGGACAGUACAAUGACCUCGAUGGAAUGUGGGAGACACUUCAGAGAUCGGGAGUUGGGAAGCGCAUCCUCACCAAUGUAACGAGGAAGAAGCGGAGGUCGAAAGGGGCGAGAGACGGGAGUGAUGAGUACAUGGAGUCUGACGAAGAUGGUGAAGACGGAACAUGCGGCAAUGAGGAGAUGGGUGGCAUGUGA